CCCAAUAAUACCCAGCUUAUCAACGUCACUGAUGCCGGAACAGGAAGUGUAAACUUAUUCGACCAAGCUAGCGUUUUGGCAGACUUUUUUGCGUUUAAGAGAUGAGCUGCUCGCUGGAGAAGGUGCUGACAGACGCCAGGUCUCUGGUGGAGCGGCUCCGAGAUCAUGACAACGCCGCCGAGAUCCUGAUCGAGCAAACCACCGUACUGAACAAACGCGUGGAGGCCAUGAAGCAGUAUCAGGAAGAGAUCGAGGCCCUUAACCAGGUGGCGAGGCAUCGUCCACGAUCUACACUGGUAAUGGGCAUUCAGCAGGAGAACCGGCAAAUACGGGAAUUGCAGCAGGAGAACAAAGAGUUGCGUACAUCUUUAGAGGAGCAUCAGUCCGCACUGGAGCUAAUCAUGAGUAAGUACAGGGAGCAGGUGUUCCGCCUCCUCAUGGCUAGCAAGAGAGAUGACCCAGCAAUCGUCUCACAGCUCAGAGAGCAGCACACUAAUGAGAUGCAGGCGCACAUAGACAAGAUAAACGAGAUGGCCACGGUGAUGAAGAAGGCCAUUGAAGUAGACGAAGGCCGUGCAUGUGAGGACGAGGAGCGGAUCAAACAGCUGGAGCUGGAGAACAAAGGCUUGAGGGAGUUGUUGGGGAUUAGUCGAGAGGCGUUCCUGGUGCUGAGGAGAGAAGAGCGAGACGACGUGUCUGACAGCACCUCCCUGUCUCCACUCGUGACCAGCAGUGACCUGAGCUUGAGGAAAAGCUAGAGUGGUUUUGCUCUUCUGAACAACGGACUUUUCCUAAAACUGAUCACAAAAACACACACACACACACACACACACACACUGAAGAGCAGAACACUGCCUGAAUCUCCUCUGCAAAGAAGAGACUCGCAGCAUGACCUGUUCCCGUUCCUGUAUAUCCCCGAAAUCCUGCUCAGCCCAUUUCUUAGCCACUUGGACGUCAGGCAUCAUUGCCGCACGUAGAGCUGCUGUAAAACGCGAGUGUGUGAGGAUGCUGUUAUUGACGUUGCUGUUGGAGAGUUAUAAAGUGAAUGUACAUAAUCAUUUCCCUAGCAGUGUAAAUAAUGGACUCACCACAGCUGUUAUGAGACGGACCGCCACUUUGUCUAAGCGCUGUAAAUAUAUAUCGCGGUUGAUGGCUACACGUCACGUAGGAUGAUGUAAAAUUCACUUCGAAAUCUGUUUGGCUUGUUUUUAAGGCUGCUUUGAGACAUGGUGCUUUGAUAUGUCGAGUGCAAAAGAGACGGAUAUAUUGAAAUGAAUAAAAAAGACAUUUGUACACAGUC